UUCAUAUUGAUCAUACAUGAUAUAAGCACAUGCUUUACAAUAUCAUUGGUGACAGUUUUACAAUAACAUUCUCUCGAAACAAUUUCAGCUGAUCCAUACAAAAUAAGUCUUGCAAUAUCAGUUAACUGGUCAUUCUUCCCUGCGGCUAGCAUCCAGAGAUAGUGUUCAUUACUGGAACUUAUACUGACAUAUGUUGACAGACUAAUAAAUAAUAAAUAAACUUGAAUAUGCUGAAGAAGUUCCCAUUUGAUGAUGGAGUUCUUCGUGGUCUUGUCAUCCUUGAUCCUGGGAGGCGAGCUGACACUGAUUACUCAAGCAUUGUCAGCCUUGCCAACAAGUUCUGCCCCAAUGUGAACCUAGAGGAACUGAAGGAAGAGUAUGAGGACUACCAGCUGCUGGAGGACUGCCACAUUCCCCUUCAAGAUGAAUCUGGGAGCAGAAAGGCCAUCGACAAAGUUUGGAGCAACAUUCUUCAAAUGAAACCCCCCAUGGGACAAGUGAGAUUUCCUGUAUUGAGGAAAGUCAUGCAUGCCCUGCUUUGUCUUCCUCACAGUAAUGCUGACUGUGAAAGGGUGUUCAGUCAGGUGAGGAAGAUACACACAGACUGCAGGAAGAACCUGAACAGCGACACCCUGACUGCCCUUCUUCAGUGCAAGUUGAACUCAGAUGCCUGUUGUGACAUUCAGCCUUCAGGCCCGCAAGUUGACCUGGCCAAGAAUGCAACCUAUGCCUAUAAUAGUGAACACAAGUGA